GUGUUUAGCUCUGGGGAGAGUCAAACUGGAUUCCAUAGGGAAAGCCUGCAAAUCACUUCUAUUUUAGCAGGGAGAAAACAGAAUCUCCAUCCCGCAGGGUCCACCCCUCUCUCUUUCUUCCUCUCCUCUCUCUCUCUUUCUGUCUUUCCCUCCCCCCCUUCUCUCUCCCUCUCUCCCCCCUCCCCCCCACCCUACUCUCCCUCUCUGGUGUAUCUGUCUACGGCAACCAGCGUCCUCCUCAUCUACACGCACUGAAAGGAAAGAAACAUCUUUGGUUGGGAGAGAAGGAGAAAAAAAAAAGAGAGAGGAAAAACUUGCCUGGUUGUGGAAAAUGACACUUGAAGUAGCAAAGCCGGCAGCGCGAGUUGAGUCUAUUGUUUCUUAAAUUGCCAUCAGGGCUUUUUUUUUUCUUCCUGCUUCUUCAAGUGAAGGGUACCUCUACAAAAGGAAACUCCAGCCCCUCCUGUCCUCCACCGGCCUGUGAUCAUUACAAAAAAAAAAAAAAAAAAAAAGCACCCAAGCCAAAAAUCAACCAACCAAACAACCCCCAACAGCCAAGCAUACAUCUCUAUUUUUUUAAUUUUGGUCUUUUCGUUGGAUUUUCCCUUUCUUCUUUUCUCCUUUCUUUUCUUUUUUUUCCUUUUUUUGUGUGUUAUCGCUCAGUUUUGAGCGAGGGUUUACAUUUUUAAAAAUUUGCUUUCCAGCCCGCCUUGAUCUUCUAGUGAGAGUUCAUCGUCUCAAAAAGAAAAAAAAAAAAAUCUGUGGCUGGCGUUUUUCUUUCUUUUUUUUUUUUUUUCAAUAUUUCAAGGGGGAGGAGAUUUUCCACAAGAAAAGGUUGUUUUCAUGUUUGGGAUUCAGGAAAGCAUCCAACGGAGUGGAAGCAGCAUGAAGGAAGAGCCGCUGGGCAGCGGCAUGAACGCGGUGCGGACGUGGAUGCAGGGCGCCGGGGUGCUGGACGCCAACACAGCGGCGCAGAGCGGGGUGGGUCUGGCCCGGGCUCACUUUGAGAAGCAGCCGCCUUCCAAUCUGCGGAAAUCCAACUUCUUCCACUUCGUCCUGGCCCUCUACGACAGACAGGGUCAGCCCGUGGAGAUCGAGAGGACAGCCUUUGUGGGGUUCGUGGAAAAGGAAAAAGAAGCCAACAGCGAAAAGACCAAUAACGGAAUUCACUACCGGCUCCAGCUCCUCUACAGCAAUGGGAUAAGAACGGAGCAGGAUUUCUACGUGCGCCUCAUUGACUCCAUGACAAAACAAGCCAUAGUAUAUGAAGGCCAAGAUAAGAACCCAGAAAUGUGCCGAGUCUUGCUCACACACGAGAUCAUGUGCAGCCGCUGUUGUGACAAGAAAAGCUGUGGCAACCGAAAUGAGACUCCCUCAGAUCCAGUGAUAAUUGACAGGUUCUUCCUGAAAUUUUUCCUCAAAUGUAACCAAAAUUGCCUAAAGAAUGCAGGAAACCCACGUGACAUGCGUAGAUUCCAGGUCGUGGUGUCUACAACAGUCAACGUGGAUGGCCAUGUCCUGGCAGUCUCUGAUAACAUGUUUGUCCAUAAUAACUCCAAGCAUGGGCGGAGGGCUCGGAGGCUUGACCCCUCGGAAGGUACGCCCUCUUAUCUGGAACAUGCAGCUACUCCCUGUAUCAAAGCCAUCAGCCCGAGUGAAGGAUGGACGACGGGAGGCGCGACUGUGAUCAUCAUAGGGGACAAUUUCUUUGAUGGGUUACAGGUCAUAUUCGGUACCAUGCUGGUCUGGAGUGAGUUGAUUACUCCUCAUGCCAUCCGUGUGCAGACCCCUCCUCGGCACAUCCCUGGUGUGGUCGAAGUCACAUUGUCCUACAAAUCCAAACAGUUCUGCAAGGGGACCCCAGGAAGAUUCAUUUACACAGCGCUGAACGAACCUACCAUUGAUUAUGGUUUCCAGAGGUUACAGAAGGUCAUUCCCCGGCACCCUGGAGACCCUGAGCGUUUGCCAAAGGAAGUAAUACUCAAAAGGGCUGCAGACCUGGUGGAAGCGCUGUACGGGAUGCCACACAACAACCAGGAAAUUAUUCUGAAGAGAGCGGCAGACAUCGCAGAGGCCCUGUACAGCGUCCCCCGCAACCACAACCAGCUUCCGGCCCUUGCUAACACCUCCGUCCAUGCGGGAAUGAUGGGUGUGAACUCCUUCAGUGGGCAACUGGCCGUGAAUGUCUCCGAAGCAUCACAAGCCACCAAUCAGGGUUUCACUCGCAACUCAAGCAGCGUGUCACCACAUGGGUACGUGCCGAGCACCACCCCUCAGCAGACCAACUAUAACUCCGUCACCACGAGCAUGAACGGAUAUGGCACUGCCGCCAUGUCCAAUUUGGGUGGCUCCCCAACUUUCCUCAACGGCUCAGCUGCCAACUCGCCCUAUGCCAUUGUGCCAUCCAGCCCCACCAUGGCCUCCUCCACAAGCCUCCCCUCUAACUGCAGCAGCUCCUCCGGCAUCUUCUCCUUUUCACCAGCCAACAUGGUAUCCGCUGUGAAACAGAAGAGUGCUUUUGCGCCAGUCGUCAGACCCCAGACAUCCCCUCCUCCCACCUGCACCAGCACCAAUGGGAACAGCCUGCAAGACCAGUCUUUUGUGGACUCUAGCAAGUUCUCCACUGCAGGGUCUCUCCCGGGACUGGCCUUCUCCUGAAGUAGGUCACUAAUCCUUCCCUUCCUGUUGCCUGCGUCCCAGUGAACGUGCAUGGGGCGGGGAGGGGGUGAGAGGCCCAUGGUCCAUCUGAGCCCUGAGAUUAAAGCAUCAGAGACCAAAGGCAGGAGCUUCACUGCUAGAAACCAGAAACCCCAAAAUUCUGCUAGAGUAUUCUGGUUCAUAUUAAAAUGUUCCAUCUCUUCCCCAUUAUGGUAAAUCAAAAGGAAUGGAGGUGACCUCUUUAUUAAUGAGGAAAAAAAAAAAAACCUUUUAAAAAUGGGCCUAUGAUUUUGAAUGUUUUUCUUAUGUGCUUGGCACCAUGGUGUGGCAUUUACCUGCACAGCCCUUGUUCAUUCCGCAUAGCAGGAUGGUGUGGUGGGUAUUCAGAGCCCUUAUUUUAUGCACGGGAAAACUAAAGGUUAGAGAGGUUACAAAAUUGCUUGACUUCCAACAGCUGGUAUGUGGCAGAAGCUGGCCUCAAACUCAGCCUCAAAAAUUCACGUCCUCUUUCCAUCUCUUAAGCAUGUUAUUACUCAGAGGUUGUGAAAAGGACAAAUCCAGGGUUCCCAAGGAAGCUGGUGGGGCAAUAAGAUCAAUGAGGUAAUCAGCUACCAUUUGUUGAUCAGAAACCCUGGCAACAUAGUGGGGCAGUUCUGCUCUGUCCAAUAGGGUCACUAUGAAUUGGAAUCGACUUGAUGGCAAUGGGUUUGGAUUUUGGUUUUAUUUGUUGAUCACUGAAUGGGGUCAGGCACAGUGCUAAGCACUGGGCAUGAUUUAUUUUAUUUAAUCCUCAUGACUUCCUGAUGAAGUAUAAGAAUUACAAUGAUCUCCAUGGUUCUGUUGGUAGGACUCAAGCUUAGAGUCAGUCAGUAGCUGCUCAUAGACAUAGCAGGUAAAUGGUGGAGAUGACUGUAAGCCCAACAGGCUCUGGGGCCUUAGCCCCUGCCCUAUACUACUUCCUUCAGUAGCAGACACACCAGUCUCCAUUGAUGAGCACCCUGGAGGUCAGGGAGGGGGCCAGGAGGACAGGCAUUCUCAGCCCUGCCUCUUGUGUGUAAGGACAUGGAUAUUCACAUUUAUAUACACACAUACUCUCUGCUCAAUCCUUUGUUUUGAUGAUCUAAUUUGAUUCUUCUGGCAAUCCUUGGAGGUCAGUCCUAUUCCCAUUAUAUAGGUGGAGAAAUUGAGGCUCAGUUUGACCAAGAUCGCACAUUCAGUGAAUGGUGGGGCCAAAAUUGAAUUCAGUGUGACUCCACGGUGUGGCUCCUAAUUGCUGCAUCCUCUUGCUUCUCAAAAGGCUUUUUAAAAAUUUCCUCAGAAAACUGCCAGCAGGUCUGCCCAGCGCAGUCAAAUGCCAGUGCCCCACAUGGCUUCUUGUCCAGGGUCCUCACUGACACACAUUGGCAAAUCUAUCUUCCUAAAAGGAAGAGGAAAAUGACCUGACUGCAGUGUUCUGCAGUCUCAACAUAUCAGGCAAUAUUAUUCAUGAUAGGAAAUGCGCCCCCCCUCCCCGCCAAGAAAGCCACCUGUUCAUGCAAGCCUGACUCUUUUUCAGCUAAAAAUAAUGCAUGCCACCCUAAAAUACUUCUGCAGUGAGAAAACAAAAAACAAAAAAAACCCAAAACCAAACCCACUGCUCUCAGGUUGAUUCCGACUCAUGAUGACCCCACAGGAUAGAGCAGAACUGCCCCACAGGAUUUCCAAGGUUGUAAAUCUUUAUGGAAGCAGACUGACUCAUCUUUCUCCUGCAGAGCCACGGGUGGGCUUGGACCGCCAACCUUUCAAUUAGCAGCUGAGCACUUAACCACCGGGGCUCCUUACGGCCAGCAAACUAGGGAUAUAAUGCUUAAGCAAAUAUAACACAUAAGCAGUUUAAAUAAUGAUAACACAUAUGAAAAGCAGAAAUCCACCAUUCUUUUUUUAAAAAUUUUAUUGUACUUUAAGUGAAAGUUUACAAAUCAAGGCAGCCUCUAACACAAAAACUUAUAUACAUCUUACUACAUACUGAACUCUACCAUUCUUGAGCUGCUAGUCAUAACCCUUUUUAAACAUAGAUUUGAGGUCAAAAACAAAAUAUAACGGGGUUUUUUGGUACCUGAGAAGACCCACUGCUAUUUAAAGGUCAGUAGCUCUAUCCUGGUGGUGCAGUAGUUAAGAGCCCCUCUGCUAACCAAAAGGUCAGCAGGGCAAAUCUACCAGCCACUCCUUGGAAACCCUGUGGGGCAGUUCUACGCUGUCCUAUAGAGUCGCUUUGAGUCAGAAUUGACUCAAUGGCAAUGGGUUUGGUUUGGGUUUUUUUAGCUCUAUCCUAGCCAACAUCAACUUAUGUGGGCAGCCCUUCAGGGGGGCCUAGAAUCUCUUCAUGCCAUGUGGAUCUAGAAAGUAGAGGGCGUGGGCCCAGAUUUUAGAGCCUUCUGGAUUUCUGGAACAUUUUGUUGUGUAGGGAUAUGUGUGUGUUUAAAGUAACAAUGAAACAGCUUUAAGGCAGGAACACAUACAAAGUCUGUGCAUUUGUGACCUGUAGGUUUUCUGUGAUGCAACUCUUUACAGAUUCUAAAAGUACAGAGAUCUUCCCCCUUCUCCUGAUUAAGGACUGAGCCUCUGCCUCUCCAGUACAUUGCUAACAGCUAGCUACAUGGCGUGGGGAGUUGGAGGGGCUGAAGCCUAACUCAGGGACACACUUUGAGCUGAAUUUCUUAAUUGUGGAAGACAUAGCCCUUACCUUCUGAUUGAACAAGUGUCCAGGAAAUUCUUUCUGGACUUUCCCUUACCCCAUGCCCUGACUCUGGAAUUCAGGGCAGGGGAGGAGGUGGCUGCUGUUAUUUCAACACUCUCAUAUGAUAACCAUUCCUACUUUUAGGGGGUAGCAGUGGUGGAGGUAUGAGCAGAGAAAUUAGAGUCAAAUUUAACUGACACUAUUUUACUUUAGGGAACCCUGGUGGCAAAGUGGUUAAGUGCUAUGGCUGUUAACCAUAAGGCUGGCAGUUUGAAUCCACCAGCCACUCCUUGGAAACUCUAUGGGGCAGUUCUACUCUGUCCUAUAGGGUCACUCUGAGUUGGAAUUGACUCAAUGGCAAUGGGUUUGGGUUUUUUGUUCAUCUUAUUUUAAGGAAUCCCUGGGUGAUACAAAUGGUUAAAGUGAUUGACUGCUACCAAAAAGGUUGGAGGUUCAAGUCCAUCCAGAGGGGCCUUGGAAGAAAGCCCUGGUCAUCGACUUCUGAAAAAUCAGCCAUUGGAAACCCUAUGGAGCAUAGUUCUACUCUGACACACAUGGGGUUGCCUUGAGUUGGAAUUGACUCGAUGGCAAUAGUUCGGUUUUUGGUAUCUUUAUUUACUUCAUUCUUGCCACUUCACCUCCAACCACCACACCUCCCCAGGCAAGGCACACACACACUGAGAACUGCACACAAUCCUCAGCAGGUGAGGAACAUCAGUCCUAGGUGGCCUACACCAUUUUUUCAGGGGGCUUUUGCUUGGAACCUUGGAGUUUCCCCUGAGAAAAGUGGCAUUCUGACAGUGAGCUCCUAGAGCUGUAACGAAGGAAUCACAUCACCUUUAACUUUCUAAACGGUGCUUCUAGCAUAAGGAAACACACAGGUGGGUAUAGCAUGGGGGGUAAGGAUCUCUAAAGUAUUUUAUUCCUCGCUAUCCUUUCCAAUGGUACAGUAAGUCCAAGUUCAUUUGGACCCUCCUGAUUCAGAAUUGUCAUCAUUAAGACAGGGCAAGUGAUGAAGAAAGAAGUCUGUUGAACAAAUUGACCAUGUAAGCAAGAUUAUAGGUAACACAUUUAGCUGUUUAAGUGUUUGAAAGGCUUAUUUACCUCAAACUAGCACUCUGCUAAGGGAACAUCAUUCUAUUUAUUUUUUGAAGCCAGCUCCUUAGAGAUCAUUUCCCCAGCAUCCCCCUCAGCCCCAUGCAGUUACUGCAUGCAUGUCUACCCCAUCAGCAAAUCCACACGGUAAUCUCUCAUGAGGUCACAGCAACUAACAUGUGAGGGCUUGUUACCAGCCUGGCUUCUGCCUUAUCUCAUUCAUUCCUCCCAACCACUCUUUGAUGUAGGCUGUUUACUGUGGGAACUGGGACUUAGAAGGAGCUAAGAUGGCUUGUCCAGAGUUAUACAGCUAGCAAAUUGGGGAGCCUGGGGUUAAAACCCAGGCAAACUGAGCCUAUCCUGUAAACCUCUAUGCUAUGUUGCUGUUCUAUAUUAAAGCUGAGGCAGUAGUGUUUCAGUGGUAGAAUUCUUACCUUCCAUGUGGGAGACCUGGGUUCCAUUCCCAGCCUAUGUACCUCAGCAGAGCCACCACCUGUCAGUGGAGGCUUGCAUGUUGCUAUGAUGCUAAACAGGUUUCAGUGGAGCUUCCAAACUAAGAAAGACUCGGAAAAAAGGCCUGGCAAUCUACUUGAGAAUAUCAGCCAAUGAAAACUCUAUGGGUGACAAUGGUCUGAGCCCAUUGUGCAUGGGGUCACCAUGAGUCAAGGGCUGACUCAACAGCUGCUGAUACUAAUAACCUAUUCCAGCCACUGAGUUAGGUUCAUGGGAGGUAUGAUCCUGACCCUAAAAACUUUCUCUGGGCUCGGGGAGACAUGACCCCAAAUUAAACAAGGCAAACCUGUCUGUGAGAGGCUGGACACCCAGUUGUUGUUGGAGGGAAAGAUUAGGGCGAAUUCAGAACAGCCUCAUGGACAAGGUAGCCUUCGAACUGGACCUUGUAUGAAGGUGAAUAGCAUUCGAGAGUGGAGAGGUGGGGGAGAAGGACGUUCUAAGCAAAAGGACCAAAGACAACCUGAACCAAGGAGCAGAAGCAGAAAAAUCCCAAAUAAUGUGCAGCAACCAAUGUCCUGGUUACCAGUAACUCAGUAUCCUGGAGCACAGGAGCCAGGGAGCAGUGGUAAGGUUGGAAAAUGAGGUCUUUCUAUGGAAGCCCUCAGCUCCAUUCCUUUACGUAUAUUUCAGAUUUCGGUUUCUACAGAGUCUAACUGACUUUCUCUCCCAGGUAGAUAAGACCUUUGGCAACUUACCAUAUGUCUGAGACAUUUUUUUAGGACAAAGCAGCUCUUGUCUCAGCACUUCCAGAGCCCCACAAGAUGUUCUAUUAAAAAAAAAAAUGUUGUCGUCAAAUAAAUUUAGAAAAUAUUGCUUACUGAAUCUCUGUCCUGAAGAAAAACAAUGCACAUAGUUUGUAAACGGCUCUGAGAUAUCUGCAGUUAAACAAGAAAGACAAUCCUGUGUAGCUGUUUAUCCGUACUUGGCCACAGGACUUUUGUCUUCACUGUAAGACCAAUUAGCGUCUCAUGAAAAACACCGGAAAAUGCGGCUGCAUUUAGGGUUUAGAGAGAAAAAUACAAAGAAGAAAGCUUCUUUCAGUUUUAUCUAGAGGAAAACCAAAACAAACCAAACCCGUUGCUGUCAAGUCGAUUCCGACUCAAGCGAUCCUAUAGUACAGAGUAGAAUUGCCCCAGUGGAUUUGAACUACUGACCUUUUAGUUAGCAGCCGAGCUCUUAACCCCUGUGCCACCAGCCACCAGGGCUCCUACCUAGAUGAAGUCAUUGAUAAAUUCUGAUCUCAGACUCUGGGAGUGUGUUGGUUUUUGUCGACCAAAGACUUGAGUCAGCAGCGACACUCAGCCAUUGAACUUGAAAAUGUCCUCUCCCUUCUCAUAAGCUCCCAGGGCAUGGAUUCUGUGCCAUUUCAGGCCUCAGAGGACUUCAUUAAUCAAGAGAGAGGCAACCCAAGAAGGCUGUCACCGUGCCAUCAGAGCCCCUUAGCCACCACCCCGCCAAUGUAGUCAUUCUAAACCCUAACCAUGUUCUGGGCAGUCUCUCCUAUGAAAAAUUAAAAAUGAAAAAGCCAGAGUCAUUUCAUAAAAACUUCACCCACAUACUCAUUUUUUCUUUCCCCGCCUUGUUGAAGCCCAAGCUGGCCGGCCCUGCCCCAUUCCUGUAGUCGGUAGCAAAUUCCUUGGAAUUGUGUUUGCCUCUUGCAGAUGUUCAGUUUGUGCAAACUGUUUUCCCCCUAUUCCCCAUUAGCUCAUAAUUCUGACACGUAUGGUGAUGUGUGGGGAAGACCACAUUCCACCCUCACACUCUUUUGGAAAACACUCUUCAGAAAACGCAGCUGCAUUUUCAUCUGGAUAAAACUGUAGGAAGGUUUCUUUUCUGCAAAACUUUCCAUCUUGGCUUUGUUCUUAUCAAAAUGUUGCAACCCUAAUUAAAAAUGCAUCGUCCUUCAAACCAAUAGUUCUCUGAGCUGCUGUCAGAGAACGUGAUGGGCUAGCUGCUGGGGAAAGUGGCAGAGCGCCGCUGUCUUGUGAUGUCUUGGCCCACAUGCACCCUGAGAAUGUGCUGUCCUCAUGGGAAUCUUCACGGGUCCGACUUGGGCAAGUCAGCAGGCCAGCGGCAUUUCUGGAACAUUCCAAGUCUCAGACACCCAUCCCUCUCACCCACUUAAUUAAUCUUCAGGAUUGCAGCACAGAUAUGAGAAAAACAGCUCCUAAAACCGGGGACCGUCUCUGUAUUCAUGCAGUGGGAUUCCUUUAUAAAAAGGCCUCUUUUGAAGGACCUAAGCUCAGAGGCCACAAACAGUGACCUUUUCCCAGAAUUGAGUCAUCAGAGUUCUGCAUCUGGAGGUUAGAAAGUCAUGGAUGAGCUUUAUUUAGGGAGCUGUGACACCCCCUUCCCUGGUUUUAUAUACAAACUUCAGGCUAUAAGUACAGAUAGGCCUUUUCCUGGAGAGAGGUUCCAUGUCUUUCAUCAGCCUCUCCAGGAAGCUGGAGACCAAUGAAGGUGAGAUGGGAAAAUGUGGGCAGGCCAAAUCCACCCCUAGGUACUCUUCAGUUGUUUUUUUUAAUUUCAGCUAGUUGCUAACAUGGGCCAACUGGGCUAUUUCAUCUUUAAAAAACUGUCCACAUCUCUCAUGAUACAUGCUACAACAUGGAUGAACCUUGAAAACAUUAUGCUGAGUGAAAUCAGUUACAAAGACCCAUAUUGUAUGAUAUGACUUACAAGAAGUAUCUAGAAUAGGCAGCAGGUGGAUCAGUGGUUACCAUGGGCUAGGGGACAAGGAAAUGGAAAAUUAAUGCCUGAUGUGCACGGAGUUACCAUUUGAGAUGACAAAAAAGUUUUGAAAGUGAGUAGUGGUGAUGGUUGCAAAAAAAACCCAAAAACCACACCUCCAAACUUUCUUGAAAAAAUUCAGAAGAGCCAGUGGCUGUGAGCUAAUAUCCCUGAAUCGAAGCAUUUGUGGGAGCUGGCAGUAAAAGACAUGCUCUUAGGGUCCCCUCAAUCCCCACUCAGGACACUUAGCUCCCCUAUGUCCUCUGCCUGAGCUCUGGAAUUUGCAGUCCCCAUAUUCUGGAUAAAGAAACGCUGUUAGCUACAGACUAGCACGUCAACUAACUUUGCUUUAUAACUUUUAUUGCAGCUUUAAAUAGAGGUGUAACAUGUAUCUAAUUAAUCUCGCAUAUUAUUCAGGUACCUAUACACUGUUUAGAUCUUUUUGUCUUUUGGCCAGCCACAUGGGAUAUUUUCCAGGCCUAAAUGAUAGAUUUUGGCUUGGUCUGUCGACCUAAUUAGCAGGAAAUUUGUCAGCUUUCUUCUUUGCUUUGUGUCGUGUUGGCAUUGCCUGAGCUGUCCGACUGUACUGUAGGGAGCUGCCCUUUAAUGCCUGACACCCCAGUGUAGAUUUUGGUAGAAGGCAGAAAUAGCCUUGUUUCCUUGGCCACACAGAAUCCCCACAGAAAGGCCUGUCUUUAAUAAGGGUGUCUAGGCCGCCCCCCCCCCCCCCCCGCAAGCCUCGUUGAGUAGACCCUUAGGGAGACAUAGCCAUGCUGAGCCAUCGCGCUGCAAAGACCCUUCGCUUGUCUUUGGAGCCAUCUCACCUUGAACUCUCAACUUAAGGCUCACAAUGGAAAUACCAAGCUGGCAGUUUCAGUGAUAUCUAGGACUACUUGAAUCUUGGGGGGGAACUGCAUUUCUAACUGAUCCCAAAUCUUUGGGGGUUUAAGUUGGCCUGCAUUUGGCAAGAGACAACUUCCUGUUUCUAAGAAAAAAGGCUUAUGAGGGCUUACAAAAAAGACUCCAGGAGCUUUGGGCUGCAAAACGGCUCUUGCAAAACAACAUUUGGAUGAUUUACGUGUAAAUGAAUCAGAAACAUGUGGAUUGAAUUUCCUUGUGAA